UUAAUUUGUUAGAUUGCAACCAGCUGGCGCACUACAGUAUCCAGAAUGGUGAUGACAUUGUUCAUGUUUUUGCUCCCUCUGAAUCAAACAUAUUUACUACGCAGAGUGAAUGUGAUUUGAAGAUUACAACUGACUUGGGCCGCACACUUGAGUAUAAAAUCGACACUGUCAGUAUUGCUAACUGUGGAGUGGAGAUUCAAGUUUUCGAUAAUGCAACUAAAGAAACAGUCACCUGUAAAGAUAAUAAAAUUCCCAUUCAUGGGAAAACAAAUCUAAAUGUUCUUCGGCUGAACAUCCGGAAAAUUAUCCCAGAGUUUGCGGCUUUCUCAUUUGGGAUGAGGAUAAAGAAUGAUUUAGGAACCUCACAAGCAAUAUUCGCACCUGGAAAUGCCCGCUACCCAAAAGGGAAGUAUGGAUCAAUGGAAGACAUUAAAAGCUCAGCCUCUUCACAGGACAGAGCUAAUGGCGCCUAUGCUAACCCCGCAUACACCAAGGAACCAGGGGAAAAACAGUACGAACGACAAGCCUCAGUUGGAAGAGCACGCGGCAAAACUGGCUUCACAAAUGAGGCCUUUGAUGCUGAAGACAAUAGGCGCGGCGAACAGGUUGAUAAUUCGUGGGAGGAGAGAGAUGUGGCAGAUGCAAAUGGGAGCAAACGAAUGUCUCGGCGAGAUGCAAGCCAGCGCAGCAGUAUGAAACCUAUGAAGUCUGCUAUGAAGAAGAGCACAGCGAUAGAAAUGAGCCAAGUGAACACACAACCCGUUAAUGGAAUUCUAAAAACUAGAACACAUUCUCCUGACCGUUCACAGACUUCAUCGACUGAUGCCUCCUUGGAUGCAAAUACUUUAAUUUAUGGCUAUGGCCAUCAAGGUAAGGAACAGCCCAAUGUUAAGCACAAGCCUGUCAUAGAGCGAAGACGUUCUAGAUCUGGAGCCCGUUCACACAGGUCAGGGUCGUCUGGUCACAGCCGAAGGUCCCAGUCCCCUGACAAGAAGAAGAUCAAAAACAGCCGCAUGUAUGGGGAGGUUUUUAUUGAUGACAGAAGCAACAAAAAUCGCAGCAGCGGGAGACGAGCCCGCUCUGAGAGUUCAAAAAGAACCAGAAGUGAGCGCACAAGUGACUCGAUGGACAGUGGAUCAUCAACAACCUCUCAGUCGCGAAAAGUCAGCAUGAAUCCAGGGGGCAAACGUGUUCACAUCAAGGGUGAAGAGACAGACAUCUGA